UUCCAUGUCAAUGGCCCCAUCAUGGCCCUCAUCUUUCCAUUUCUCUUAUCACUAGGAGAGAACAUCUGCUGAAGAUUGAGGAUAUUGUUGUGAGUAUGAUUUCAUUAAAUUUCAUUCUGUGAUUUUUCUGCAUGUUUGGGAAGAUUAUAAUCAAAUCUGAAUGAGAAGGGAUGGCAAUGCAUUUUCUGAGUUUUAGACACCUCAUUGUUUGGAUAUGCUUCAUUUUGGUGUUCAUAUUUUUGUCACUCAAGACUGUGAUUAUUCAUCAAAACAAUGGUAUUUAUUCGACAUCGAGUUUCAGUAAUUCAAAGUUUCAGAAUUCAAUCAGGAAAGAUAAGUUUUUGGAGGUUCCUCAGAUUGUUUGGGGUUUAAACAAUCAGAAAAUAGCAUUUGCAAGGGCUUGUUUAACAGCGAGAUUCUUGAACCGGUCUCUCUUGAUGCCUAGUUUGAGUUCUUCUCUGUUUUACAAAGAGAUUGAUUUAUUGGAAUCUAUCUCAUUUGAUAAGGUUUUUCAGUAUGAAAGGUUCAAUUCUCUUUGUCAUGGUUUCGUCCAUUUAAGUCGGUACUCUGAACUUAUAAAUGAUACCGAACCAUUUGAGCUUCGAAAAGGAAGUGGUAGAAAAUGGACUAAAGAAAGAGACAUGAAUCAAUUGGCCGAAUGCAGUGAAUACUCGAUCGAUAAAUUUGAAGUCAUUCGAAUUGUUGGAAAGAAUCCAUUUCUUUGGCAUGAUCAUUGGUCUGUUGUAGAAUACGCAAAGAUCUUCGAGUGCUUGGCAUUUGUUGAAGAAAUUCAAAAUGAGGCCACCAAAGUUGUUUCGAAGAUUCAAGAAUUCAGUUUCAAUGCAACAAGUCGAAAUUUCAGUAAUACGAACCAAUCCGUGCCAUAUUUAGCUGUCCAUAUGAGAAUCGAAAAAGAUUGGAUGAUACAUUGCAAGAAACUUGAGCAGAGACUCAGCAUAAAUCAAAUAUGUAGCAGUAAACAAGAGAUCAUGCAGAAAGUAAAACACAUUCGAGGCGUAAAUAAACCGAUCAUCGUUUAUCUUGCAAUCGCCGACGGUCUUUUAGCCGAUGAUUCGAUAUUGAUUGGUUGGGAAGAAGGGUUGAUUCCAUGCGAGAAAAAGAAAUUAAGAGUAUGGGAUGUUUAUAACAAGUAUUCGUAUCUUUUUCGAUCGGCUAUUGACUAUGAAGUAUGCUUAAGAGCUGAUGUGUUUGUCGGCAAUAGUUUUUCGACAUUUUCGAGCCUUAUAGUGUUUGAAAGAACAGAGAAAAUGAUAAAAAUGGGAAUCAAGAGUUCUUGUGACAUGAAUGUAGGAAUGGCUUCUUAUGCUUAUAAUCUAAAAGGCGAAAAUUAUGAUGGUCCUAAGAGUUGGAUGACCGAUUUUUCGGCUUUGAGUCUUGAGAGUAUAAGUUAUGGUACUAUUAAUAUUUCUUGUGAUUCCAAAGUUUUGUGAAGAAAUUGCUGACAUGAUUAAUGUUGAUGAACCCAAUUGCAAGGUAAUUAUGAUUAAUGUUGUUUUGUUAUUUUAUUUGGA